AUGAAGAGAGGAUUCCAGGAGCAGAGCGAUUCUGUCCCUUCAGGAGAGGGUCAUGUUGGGAGUGUUCAUAACAGAGAAUAUCAGCAGCUCCAGGCUUUCAUAUUCGCCAUUGAUGAAAUUAACAGGAAUCCGGAGAUUCUGCCCAAUGUUACUCUGGGAUAUCACGUGUAUGACUCUUGUGGAUAUAUCAUGAAAGUUAUGCAAGAUGUUCUACACAUACUGUCUGGGCCCAAGCUGACAGCUCCUAACUAUAACUGCAUGGAACACGGUACAUUAGCCGGCUUUAUUGGAGACCUCCAGUCUGUCACUACACUUCCAAUGGCACAGUUAUUGAAUUUCUAUGGAUAUACACAGAUGCCACAUGGUUUGUGUUCUGCAAUCUGUCUGCCAGGAUCCAGAAAAUCACUUAGAGAAGGAUAUCCAAUAUGCUGCUAUGACUGUAUUCCGUGUUCAGAAGGGGAGAUAUCCAAUGCAACAGAUAGUGAAGAUUGCCAUAAAUGUCCUGAUGAUGAAUGGCCCAAUGAAAGAAAAGAUAUGUGUAUUCCCAGAAGAGUGGAAUUUCUAUCUUACAAGAAGGACACAAUAGCUACAGUCUUUUCUGCAAUGUCUGGACUAUAUUUUAUUUUAACAGUUUUUAUAAUUGGAAUAUUUAUUUCAUUCCGGGACACUCCAAUAGUAAAAGCCAGUAAUAGAAAUCUUAGCCUCAUUCUUCUCAUCUCCCUCAAGCUGAGUGUCCUCUGUGUGUAUCUGUUCAUUGGACGCCCAGUGGACAUCACCUGCAUGCUACGCCAAAUAUCCUUUGGGAUAAUUUUCACUAUAGCUGUGUCUUCUAUCCUGGCCAAGACGGUCAUGGUUUACAUUGCUUUCAAAGCCAGCAGACCUGGGAGUUCCUGGAGAAAAUGGCUGGGUGUUAAAUUACCGAAUUCUGUAGUGUUGGUCUGCUCAUCUGUUCAAGUUAUCACCAGUGCUCUUUGGUUGUCAGUUUCUCCUCCUACUCAAGGGUUUGACAGAGAUUCUUAUCCUGGGAUGAUCAUCAUUCAGUGUAAUGAAGGUUCUGUCAUUGCCUUUUAUUUCAUGUUGGGGUACAUGGGGUUCCUGGCGGCUGUGAGUUUUGGUCUGGCUUUCAUGGUGAGGACAUUACCUGAUAACUAUAAUGAGGCCAAAUACAUCACCUUCAGCAUGCUGGUGCUCUGCAGUGUUUGGGUCUGUGCCAUCCCAGCCUAUCUGAGCAGUAAGGGGAAACAUAUGGUCAUUGUAGAGGUGUUUGCUAUAUUAGCUUCGGAGAUUGGAAUACUGAGCUGUAUAUUUUUUCCUAAAUGCUAUAAUAUUCUACUGAGACCUGAAAUUAAUAAUAAAAGAUGCUUGUUAGAGAAAAGUUGUUCAUAAAGUUAAAUAGUAUUAUUAAUUUAAAACUAUAUAUUGUUUUAUGGUAUUGUGGAGAAAACAUAACUGUUAUAUAAUAUACAAUAUUAACUAAAACAUGCACCCUUACAUGGCUUUUUGUAUAUUUCUGUAUUGUUCCAUGUUUUUAAAAGCAGUUCAAAUACA